GUCAUGCGUAGUACUGCUGCGCAGUGCGCAAGGGCGCAAGUUGCAGCUGAGGCUGAGAAGGAUCCGCUGUGAGUAACGAUUCUUCACAAUGAUAACUUCACGAGGAUUGAAUUUAUUGAGAAUUGCCUGUAGAAGUAGCCAAAAUAAAAUUCCUGCGACGAAUUUACGGUCCGUCAGAUUCGGUCACGAUCAUUAUCAUGGAUCAUAUCGUGAGAUUCCACCAGUAGAAAAGAAAUGGGUAUAUGCAGCUGAAGUUUUUGGAGGUUUUAUGUGGUGGUGGGUCUUAUGGCAUUUCUGGCAUGACUUUGGUCAUAUUGUUGGAGAAUUUCCAUAUCCCGAAACAUCCAAAUGGACAGAUGAAGAAUUAGGUAUACCGCCAGAUGAUUAUGUAGAGCCUGCUCGUACAUAGAUAGUUUUUCAAAUAUUAUAUAAGUAGAUCCAGUAAAUGCAACUUUACGAAUUUCUGGAUGCUCAGCAAUAGCUGCACCAGCAGUUGGACCGUAACCUGGAAUGACGUUUACAACACCUGCUGGAAAUCCUGCCUCCUUAGCAAGAGCGGCUGCGUAAAGUGCAGUCAAAGGCGUUUGUUCUGCUGGUUUUAAGACUACAGUGCAUCCAGUUGCCAAUGCAGGACCCCAUUUCCAAAUUAACAUCAUGAAAGGAUAAUUCCAAGGGAUGAUUUGUCCUACAACGCCGAUUGGCUCUCUUCGCGUCAAUGUAACAUUGGAAUCACCUAGUCAAGUAAUAAAUAAAAUUAUUUACUGGUA